AAACACGCACCGGAACGCGCGAUCGGUCGCUGCUUUUCUUGCGGGGGAAAUUCUUUCCCAUAAACGUUCUCUCCUUCGCCAUCGCCGCCGUGCGGCUUCUCUCACCAUGCGCCACCGUCUUGGUGCGCAACUCAGCGCGAUGCGGAGGUGAUGUGCCACUUCCCUCGGAUCGAAUCCCCCUAGCGGAGAAGAUCAUCUCACACGGCGCGUCGCCACCGCCGGACGGGAGCACUCAGUCUUGAUCGGUGUUGGGUGGAAGAGGUCUUCAUCGUUGUCGUCGCGGUCAUCGUCGUCGUCGUCGGCGGCAGGUUUAAGUUGCGCUUCGAAUGAAAAAUAAGUGAAUAAUUGAACGACGGUAAAUUGAAAAGGAAGUGAAUUUGUGGCGCAAAACGGGGCGAAGAAGAUACUUCAAGUGAGAACGAGGAUCCUUUCAAUAGAAGAACAUCGGAAUGCACCGUGCGCUUAUUGCCGAUAGCAGGAGGCUAAACAUACCAAUCGAUGGACCGGUUCUUCGUGGUCCAUGACAAGUCCCGUGUGUGACACUUAUCGAAUGACGUUAAGCCUGCGACCGUUAAAAACUCGGUCAAGCGCGCGAGAGUUAUCUGUUUAGAUCUUCCUACGUAGAUCGAUUUCUGGGCUAAAACGCAUAUUACUUCGGGAGCGGCUUGCUGUUCUUUGAGGUGCUAAUGUAGUUGUCGAAUGGUGAUAAGACUGCGCCAGGUGCGUCAACAUAUUUUAGCAUCGAGCAUUGGGACUAAAGUCUGGGAUUCGUUAUCGCAGGGUCGCACCAAAAUCAGAAGCUUUCGCGUCACACGCAAGCCUCAUAUAAUCAGUGCAUUGCCAGAAGCGGCAGCAAAAGGCGCACAACGUGGUCGAACGGUGGUGUGAUUAUGGUGAGAAGGUGUGCUUACCUUUGGAAAUUACCGCCCCGAGCCGCCCGGUAUCGAUAAGUGUGAAUAGUGAAUAUAACUUUGUUGUGUGUAAUGCCCAUCCGCAGGGUUCGGCUCAAUCGAUGCCAACAAACCGGCAAUUAGGCGUAAUAUGAGGCAUGGAAAAACCGGCACCAGCAGCGGCGAGGCAUUUCCAGCAGUGAACUAUGCAGGAGACCUAACAUGAUACUUCCCAUCGAGCAACGUGGUUCAGCAGCAGCAGCUUCGUUGUCUUCCUCCCGGUUUCCUCGGCCAUCAUCGACGGCAUCAGCGACAGCAGCGGAAGCGGCAGUGGAAGCGUCGGCUGUCAAAUGGAACUACCACCGGCAGCACAGUUACUACAGUUUUUGUCCGCUAAAAACCUUCUACUGCAAAGAGAUUAUCAAGAUCCGAUCCGGCAUAAACGCAAACGGCGUGGAUCGGCCACAUUGACGAGUGAUUGUGAUUCAACUAGUUUUUACGCAAAAGUGAUUCGGUUAAGUUGAGUGUGCGUGUUUGUGUGUUCGCGCGAUUGUUAGUUUGCUAAGCAACUGCUAUUAGGUAGAAUAAUGUCCCAGAGGAAGAAGAUCCUGUACGGGUUGUUCGGGAUCAUCAUCGGGCUGUGCGUUGGUGCUCUCUUCCGGAACUAUCGGACGCUGGAGAUUGUCAGCAUGUGCAACUCGAUCAACAGUAUGAAGCAAAAGUCUGCCCUCGAAAUCAUCGGCCUGCAUCCAUCGGAGACGCCAAGCAACUCGCAGCGCAAUCUGGUGUUUGUGGGCGUCAUGACUGCCAAGGACUUCCUCCAGAGCCGGGCCGAGGCCGUGUAUGACACGUGGGGCAAGUCGAUUCCCGGGCGGAUCGCUUUCUUCAGUUCGGAGGAAUCUGUGGCGGAAAAUCUUCCGUUGGUGGCACUGAAGGGCGUGGACGAUCGAUAUCCUCCGCAGAAGAAGAGCUUCAUGAUGCUGCACUACAUGUACGAGCACUACAUUGACAAGUUCGAGUGGUUUGCCAGGGCCGACGAUGAUGUGUUCAUUCGGACGGACAAAUUGGAGAAGUUCCUACGAUCGGUGGAUAGCUCGAAGCCUCAAUUCAUCGGGCAGGCUGGACGCGGUAACAGCGAAGAGUUUGGACUGCUAUCGCUGGAGUUCGACGAGAACUUUUGCAUGGGUGGUCCCGGAGUGAUCAUGAGUCGUGAAACUUUGCGACGAGUGGCUCCGCACAUUCCAACCUGCCUCAAGAACCUCUACAGCACUCACGAAGACGUGGAAGUCGGUCGAUGUGUUCAAAAGUUCGCCGGUAUUCCUUGUACUUGGAACUACGAGAUGCAAUCCAUCUUGCACCACAACAGCAGUGGGAGUCGUGCUUUUUCUGGCAACCUCAAGAACAAGGAAGUUCACAGUGCCAUCACGCUGCACCCGGUCAAAAAACCUGCCUUCAUGUACCGUCUGCAUGCCUACACCUUGGGCCUCAAGGCCCAGGAACUGCGACAACAGUCCCUGAUGCUCCACAGGGACAUCGCCCAGAUGACCGCCCUGUUGCAGAUCCCUCGGAUCAACAAAAACCUCGCACCCGGAGUUCCGAUUUUCCCGUCGGAUGAAACCAGCGCCGACUACCUGGGGGAUCACAACAUCUUAGGUUCGACGCCAGAUCUCAACCGGCAUCGGCCGUCACAUUUGGACGAGAUCAUUGAGUGGGACUUCAUCGCCAAGAGCCUCUACUCGGGGAUGCAUCCGAAUCCCAAGCGAAAGAUUGAAUCGUCACUCAAGGAGGGCUUGAACGACGUCGUUCGAGAGAUCAUGGAGCACAUCAACAAUUUUUCCCGUCAACGGGGUCGCGUCAUCGAGUUUCGAGAGCUGCUCUACGGUUACAUGCGCGUCAACAGCCUCUAUGGGCAGGAUCUGAUCUUGGAUUUACUGUUGGUGUACAAAAAGUACCGCGGAAAGAAGAUGACCGUCCCGGUGCGAAGACAUCUCUAUAUCCAACGAUCGUUCACGGACAUACGGGUUAGAGAAAUAAUUGGCGAAGUUGUUCCAGCUCAGGCAGUAACCUUGGACCGGCGAAUACCCGUUGGUAGUACACGGCCGUUUGACAAUAGUACUGGACUGGAUCGCAUGCGAUCGUUCCUCAACAGUGGCUGGGAGCGCCUCUCGGACACAUUCGCCAUCAGCAACCCGCCCAUGAUCGAGAUGCCGAAGAGUCGCAUCGUUUUCAUCAUUCCGCUCGCUGGACGACCGGAAACCUUCAUGCGGUUCCUACGCAACUUCGAACAGGUCGCCCUCAAGCAGGAUCUCCGGACGGACCUGCUCGUGUCUCUGUAUGUCGACCCGUCCGACUCGCCUCUGCUGACCAACCUCCUCGACCAGCUCCGGACGCGGUAUCCGCAGAAUCGCAUCAACUAUCUACACCUCCACGGGAACUUCUCCCGCGGAGUAGCCCUCGAUCGUGCCAUCAAGAGUCCAUUCUGCAAGCAGGACGACAUCCUGUUCUUCAUCGACGUCGAUAUGAUCUUCACUCAGCGGACGCUCGAUCGGAUACGAGCCAACGUCAUCCGCAACCGCCAGGUUUACCUUCCCAUCGUUUUCAGCGAGUACGACCCGCACCCGGAAUCCCUCGGUCAGAUGUAUUUGGAAUCCGGACAGAAACCGAUAACAACCGAGCAUCUCCACCGCUCCAUCAACGAGCAGAACUUUUCUUCUCCCUAUACGGUAACCAACACCAACGGGUACUUCCGGCAGUUUGGGUACGGCCUCGCCGGUAUCUACAAGUCGGACAUCCUCCGGCCAGAGCUCGGCGGGUUCAACACCGACAUUACCGGGUGGGGUCUCGAGGACGUGAAAUUUCUCGAAAGCAUCAUCGCUGCCAAUCUGAAGGGAAGCCAGCGGCUGCUGGACGUGGCCGACGGUCGGGUGGAUCCGUUCAAGGAUCCCCACAAGCAACAGCAGCAGGAGCUGUCCGUAUUCCGUGCGCCGGAUCCGUCGCUGGUGCACAUCUUCCAUCCGAUCAAUUGUGAUAGAAACCUCGAAGAGGCACAGUACAAGAUGUGCCUCGGAACGAAAGCCAAUACUCUCGGGAGCUUCCGGACGCUGGAGGGGCGCUUCGUCCACGACCGGGAGCUGCUGCUGUUCGGGCGAAGGGCCCGGGGGAGUCGAUAGUGACUCAUGAUGGGGGGUAGGGGAUUUUUAGGAUAGGACUUAGAUAGAUUUGGGAUUAUCUAUGUGUAAGAUAGUAGAAAUUAAUAAAUUUUAAAGGUAAU